GCGCAUGCUUCGGUGGAGCGGGCAGGACUUCUCAGUCUCCUGGAACUUCGUCCACUACCCUGCAAUGAGAAGUUUGAAUUGGAGGGGCAGACGCUGCGAAAGGCUGUGGAGGAGGACGUCGCCAAUGGUCGGAUACCUUUCUAUUGUGUCGCGACACUGGGUACCACAGUGACUUGCAGCUACGACCGCCUGACGGAAAUUGGUCUCGUGUGCAGGGAUUACAACAUAUGGCUUCACGUGGACGCCGCCUACGCCGGAUCAGCGCUGAUUUGUCCAGAAUUUCGCUCGCUGAUGCCAGGCUUGGAAUAUUCUACGUCAUUCGCUUUCAAUCCACACAAGUGGCUCCUGAUGAAUUUCGAUCUCUCAAUCCUCUGGUUAAAAAAUGCCCAGUCCUUGACCAGCGCCUUCAGUGUUGACGCUUCGUACCUCCAACAUAGAAAACUCGGAAAGAUGCCCGAUUUUAGGCAUGUCGAAAUGGCGCAUUACCUGGAACGCCUACUUAGAAGUGACGGACGAUUCGAGAUCGUGGGUGAAGUCACGCUCGGUCUGGUCUGCUUCCGCAUAAAGAAUGACAAUGCGCGCACACGGACAUUGUACGAAAGGACUGAAGCUGAUGGUCGUCUGCAUUUGGUGCCGUCCUUUAUUCGUCAUCCAAUUGAGCUGUUCUUUAUCCGGGUCGUUAUGUGCUAUCAAUUUGUGGAUGAAGAAUUGACGCGAACCUCAUUUAACGUCAUCUCCGAGCUGACCACGGAAAUUUUUGGAGUAAAGGAUACAACCCAUGGCCUGCACAAUUGA